AUGUCAACACUUAACGAGCUUCAUCUUCAAGAACAGAUAUGCUACGUGCAAUGUGGAGUCUGCAGCACCAUGUUACUGGUCAGUGUCCCACCCAGCAGUUUAUCAAUGGAGGUGACUGUAAAAUGUGGAAACUGCACAAACCUCCUUUCUAUUAAUAUGAUGAAAGCUUCUUUUGUCCCUUUUCAACUCUUUCCUUCCCAGUUUACUUAUGCUGUUCAGCCAAAAGAAGGUAGUCCAGAAGAAAACGCAGACAAGAGUCCUUGUUCUGAUAGUGGGGAAGAAGAUGCGAUCCCAAUGAGUGAUGCCAUUAAUGAACGGAAAAGGCAGAAAAAACCAUCGGCCUAUAAUCGCUUCAUCCGAGAAGAGAUCAGAAGGCUGAAGGCUGAGAACCCAGACAUGGUCCACAAGGAAGCUUUCAGAACAGCAGCCAAAAAUUGGGCCAACUUCCCUCAAGCUCAAUCUAAAGAAGAAGAUGAAGAAAGCUGUAGCCAUGUGGAUCCACAUGAAGAUGCUGAGAAGGAAAAAUCAUAGUAAUUUCAAAAUCAGACUACAAUGCAAGGGCUUUUUGGGUCUUUCACUUCAUGACACUUGUUAUCCUCAUAUAUAUAGUAAUAACUAGUGAUACCUGCUUGUGAUACGUGUCCUCCUCCAGAUAUCAUCAUCUUCCUAGUGUAAUUAUAAAAUUUGAAUCUGAUAUGUGAUCACUGGAACCUUUUUG